AUGGCUUUCGAAUGGCUCGCGCCGAUCCUGACCCCUACCGCCCUUCGCUCAGUGCAGGCGGAUGCUCGCCCAGUUAUCACAUUGUUCCUCGUCAUAUUUGGUCUCUCCAUAUUCGGCGUUCUGAUCUGGUCGAUCCGAACAAGAAGAAGGCCGGAGGACUUUUAG